UAAGGGCACGUCAAAGUCAUGCGCCCUGCUUUCUGAAUUGUUUGACACUAUGCUGUUGAGGUUGGAGUAGUUUAGUUUGUGUCCAUGUCAUAAUAAUAUACUUUUACGUAGUUAUUUAGGGCGGUAGUGUAAUUAUCUCUCCUUUUUACUGGCUUCCCAACCAGAAUAAUGAUGGCUUAUGCUCACAUUUUGAAAGUCCUGCACAGAAGUCUGAGACAAACCGCGACACAACUCUGCGUGCAAAAGUGCUACAUUGUCCACACGCACAGGGCAUUGUGCACAGCACCAGCAUUUGUCCGUCUCGGGACAAAGAUUUCUUCACUGGACUGUCUCACUGCAAGUCAGAGACACCAAGUUGCGUCUGUCCAUUGUACAGCCAGAAACAGAAGCAACCCCGAAGACCGAGGCAAGUCUGUGUCCAGGUAUCAGAGUGGGACCCCUAAACCUUCAGCUGCACAGAAAGUGAAAGACGCUGGAAGAGAUUUCACCUACUUGAUAGUAGUUCUCAUCGGGCUGGGAGUGACAGGUGGGCUGCUGUAUGUGGUGUUUCAAGAGCUCUUUUCUUCCUCGAGCCCAAACAAGGUCUACAGCAGAGCUUUUGACAUAGUCAAAUCCCACCCAGAGGUUAUUGGUGCCUUUGGCGAGCCAAUCAAAUGCUAUGGUGAGACCACCCGUCGAGGAAGGAGGCAGCAAGUCAGUCACGUGGAGUACAUGAAGGAUGGACUAAAACACAUGAGACUUAAAUUUUACAUUGAAGGCUCCGAGCCGGGCCUGAAAGGAACGGUUCAUUCGGAAUCAAAAGAGAAUGCUGAAACUGGAAAAUAUGAAUUUCGCUAUCUAUUUGUGGACGUAGACACAUACCCCAGGAGGAGCAUUAUUGUGGAAGACAACAGAUGAGAAAGAUUGCUUGACUUCUCAGCAUUUAAAAACAGGGAAAUGGUGUCUAACUAAAAUGCAGGCGUUUGUGUCCAGGGAUGAAAAACUUCUUUAUUUUUUUGCAAUAUUUGUGAUUGAUUGAAAGUAAUUUUUCUUGUAGCAGUUUAACAAAGUCAGAUGUAUUACAAAUAGAAAUUGUUUUGGGAUUAAAUUGUGGAUUGUAAUAUUAAUAAAAUAUGUUUCUUUUUUCAUCUAA